UCAAAGAGUACACAUCACCAAUAAAGUAAUCGUACACAUGUCGCAGGCAUUGAUCAAUCCUAGAACACGGCGGGAUUAUGGCGCCACAUCAAGUGUUAUUCCCGAGGCGAAUUCGGCGACCAUUUCGAGUUCUAACUCUGAAUUUGACUCACUCAGCGAAGAAAUCUGUUACAAUAUAAACGUUAUGCACAGCAGCACAAAGCAACUAGAAAAACAAUUGAAAUUAGUUAGCACCGCCAAAAAUUUAUUAGCGUUUGACAAAAAUAUACUCAGCAUUAACACCAUUGACACCAAUGAACGCAUCCAGAUCACCAGUCAAAAUCUGCAACGUCUGCAGACGGUGGCGCAAAAAGGCGAUCGCCAGCAAAAACGUCAAAUGGACAACAUUAAGCUUGACUUUCAGACAGUUCUCGAGAAAUAUUCAAAGCAACAGAAACUUAUCUCGGAGGCUAUGCGACAGAGCUACCAAAAGGCUGCCGAGGCGGAACGUGAGGCAGAGUUGUCUGAGAAAACAUAUCAGUUGCAGGAACAGCGUCAGGAGCAGGCUGAACUCGAGAGGCAGCAUGAUUUGCUCGUGGAGCGUGGACGGCGAGUGGAGCAACUUGAGGCGGAUAUUCUGGAUGUGAAUUAUAUAAUGAAAAAGUUAAGCGGUAUGGUGGAGGAGCAGCGCGAGGUGGUGGUCUUUACAUUCGCAGACAGUCGCAAUAUAAAAUCCAAAGAGUGCACAACAAAUUUGGGAACAUGUCACAAGCAAUGAACUGUUCCAAAAGCUGCAAGCAUCGGUAUUGUGUCACAUCGAGAACCGCCUCCGAGUUUAACGCUCUCAAGGAGAAUAUAGUUGAUAAUACCAGCGCAAUACAGAUCAACGUCAGUGAGUUAGAGAAUAAAUUGAAAUUUAUUGCCAGCGUCAGAGAUUUGCCAACGCUGGCCGAAUAUAUUCUUAGCAACAAUGACAAUACCAAUGACCGCAUCAACUUAAUUGGUCAGGAUCUGCAGCGUAUGAAGGCUGUGGUAGACCAUAACAAUUGCAUGCAGGAAAUGCAGUUGUGGAAACUUACGUGCGAAUUCAACACCGCUGUCGACAAAUAUUCGAAGCAACGAAAACAAUUUUCGGCGUUGACUCAAAGGAGCUAUCAAGCGGAUCCCAAAGAAGAGUUAUUGCAGGAACUACAUAUGAUUUUGGAGGAACAA